AUGGGGAGCUGGGAGGAUGCAGCUCCGAAGCCUUCUGCAGGACACCACGCCGUCGUGAAGCCGGGCUUCCCGCGCUGGGCGCGUUCGCCCGGAAGCUGUGCGGAGAAGGCUGCGGAAGUCAUCGCCUUCUACCAGCAGCAGAUCCGAGCUUUGGAGGCACGCCUGGCUGAGCGGCAGAGAGCGGGAGGCCUCAGUUCCGGCACUUCUGCGCUCCUCAGCAGCGAGUCGCAGACCUCGCCGGACAGGACGCCCGCCCGUCGGCUUUUUGGCCGCCGCUGCGUGCCAGGGAACGCCUUGCCCAGCGGCUCCGACACGUCCUUCACCGCCUGGGGCGCGGUCGCUGCCAUUGAGUGGAUCGGCGACGGGUCCGUGCAGGAGAUGAGGCUAAGCUUUGUGGGCGAGGCCAACGAAGAAGAGUCGGAUCAGGCAGAGCCACGGGAGUGGCAGCGCAUAGACCUCUUCGAGGGGGAGUACCUUUGCUUACUUCGUGGCCGCCUCGGUGAUGCCACAUUGGCAUCCUGGCUCAUGUGGGUCACGAGCUUCGGCCGGUGCCUGACGCUGGGAGGUGCGAUCGACCAUCCAGUGCCGACAUUCUCCUUCCCCUGUUCCGAAGGCCAUGAAAUCAUCGGCGCCUCCAUUGGCCCAGGAGGCGAGAUUGUGGGCAUCGAGCAGCGGCCGCUUCCGAGGUCCCGGCAGGUGACGAAGGUGCGACGGCGCCGCAGCCGGCCAGCGCGUAGGCUGUCAGGUGAAUCGGUCUGA